UAACACAUGAUAUAAAUCGAUAUACGUUAUAGACUCAUGGUAUAAGCAAAUACGUACUCAGUAAACCCAAGUAAGGCGAUAAAGAAUUCAAUAUAAAUUAGUAUAAAAUAAGAAGAAAAGAGGAUGAUUUUAAAUGAAUCCGAUAGUGAAGAUGAAUUACCCCCUGGAUGGGAAGAAAUGACAACUCCUAAUGGAAAUGUCUACUAUGUAAAUCAUUAUACAAAGGGCACACAAUGGACACACCCUAGAACUGGUCGAACAAAAACUGUUGGGGGAGAACUGCCAUCUGGAUGGGAAAAACGUGUGUCAGAAGAUGGUCAAGUCUUAUUUGUCGAUCAUAUAAAUCGUACAACAACAUAUACUGACCCUCGGCUUGCAUUUGCUACAGAAUAUAGAGAAUCAUCACAGCCUAUAAGACAACGUUUUGAUAGUAGUAGCACAGCAUUAUCUGUUUUACAUGGUCGAGACUUAAGGGGUAAACUUGCCAUAGUUACAGGUGCCAAUACUGGGAUAGGAUUUGAAACAGCUAGAUCAUUAGCUCUACAUGGAUGUAAAGUUAUCUUAGCUUGUAGAGAUCUAGAAAAAGGUGCAGAAGCAAUACAAAAAAUACAACAAGAAAAAGAAAAUGUUAUGUGUGAAACAUUACAUUUGGAUUUGUCAUCAUUAUAUAGUGUUAAAGAAGCAGCUGAUGAAUUUAACCAAAAAUAUAGCACUUUAAAUAUCCUUAUUUUAAAUGCUGGUGUCUUUGCAAUUCCAUAUGCACUUACAAAAGAUGGUUUUGAAACAACAUUUCAAGUAAAUCAUCUUUCUCAAUUUUACUUUACUCUUUUAUUAAAAGAACCACUACAACGUUGUCAUAAUUCCAGAGUAGUGAUAGUUUCAAGUGAAUCACACAGAUUUUCAAAUUUAAGAAAAGAAGAAGAUUUUCAUCGAUUAACUUUAUCUCCUCCUCCAUAUAAAUAUUGGUUUAUGGAAGCAUAUAAUAAUUCAAAACUAUGUAAUAUCUUAUUUGCACAAGAAUUAGCAAAACGGUGGCCUUCUGUAAAUGUCUUUUGUUGUCAUCCUGGUAAUAUGGUUUCUUCUUCAUUAAGUCGUUAUUCAUGGAUACUCCGAUUAAUGUUCAUGCUAGUACGACCUUUUACAAAAUCGCUGCAACAAGCUGCUAGUACACCAGUUUUCUGCGCAAGUGCACCAGAAUUGGAAGGGAUAACUGGAUGUUAUUUCAGUAAUUGUUAUCGUUGUGAUCCAUCAAAAACUGCAUUAAACCCCGCACUAGCAGAAAGAUUAUGGUUUGUUAGUGAAAAAAUGUUUGUUUCUGCUAUAAAAGUUAGGAAAUUUCAUGAAAAAUUUGAUUUAAAAUGAAAAAUAUUAUUAUACAAUAUUGUUAUGAAUGAACAGAAAACAUGAAUUCAAAGAAUAUUUUAAUCAAUCAAAAAUUUUUAAUAGAUUUAAAAUAUUAAUAAGAAAUUUAUAUCUAUUUUCAUCACAAAUUCUAUAUUCAAUAAAUUUGGUUUUAUAUCUUU